AAGCGUUAGUCGCUGUACACCUUGUUUUUCGCACCUUUGAGUAAAAUUCCCGUCGGACUUAAGACUUAAGGAGGUGUGGUUUGGCAUUAAGGAGGUGUAGUUUGGCAUUGAGACGAUAAUGAUGAGUUACAGGUAUAGACUUAUCCUAUAUAUAUGAAAUUCGUCAACAUUCAACAAUUCAUAUCUAUCAAGAAUACGAAGAUACCUGGUAAGUUUUCAUUAACUAAGAAUUUCUUAAUCUUCAUCUUUUUUUUGUAAUUGUUCAGGUAUUUUUUUUUAUUCUUCAGAUUUUUUUUCUUCAUCAUUUUAUUUUUAUUUAAUGCUGUUGUGUUCUUUCUAAUUUGCCCUAGAAACACGAUUAAGAGUUUAAUUUUCCUGAACGUUUAUAAACUAUGAAUAAGUAAGCGUAAUUUAUUGUUACAAUAAAUCGGUGAUAAGUAUUAUGGCGUGUAAAACUUUGCAAUGUUACAGUAACCUUGAUUUAUAUGUGCGUAAGUUUUGAUAAUCAUGAUAUUUAUACGCAAAAUUUAUAUAUAUAUAUAUAUAUAUAUUCGAAAAUCUUGAAGUUAAUAUGCGAACAUUUUGAUGUAUGUUCGAUAAUCUUGAUAUUUAACUGCGAAUUGUUUUUAUUGAUAUGCAAUGAAUCUUGAUUUAAAUAUGUAUUAAGCGGUACCUAGAAUUACCGAAAUACCCGGGAUUUACCCAAAUCUCCUCAGAAAACACCGAAAUACCACCUAACCUACAAAAUUACCCACUUUUUUUUCAUUUUAUAUUAUUGUGAUUUAAAUAUUUGUGCAAGAAGUUUUUUUGGUUUUUUUUAUAUAAAACCAAGCAUUUAAUAAUUUAUGGAAUUUUUCUUGUAUAUUUCACACCGGAAACGGCUUUAGGAUUUUUAUGACAUUCAUCUCUGUCUGUUAUAUUACAAAUGCUGUUUUCAUUUCUGUUAUUUGUUUUAGGGUUUAAAGCCGAGCUGUAUUUCGACUAUUCGAUUAUUCCUAAUCAGCUGACAAAAGUACGGGAAAAUUCCGCACGCAAUUUUAUUGGCUAUUUCGUAGACAAAAUAUUUUGACUGAAAGCGAGGCCGUGACUCAACUUGACGACACGAUUGAACAAGAUCAAAAAACAAGGGCAAUUUCAGUAGAAAUUUGCCCAUGAAUUCAGUGAAAGUGGACCACUUAAAAGACAGUAAAUAUGAGGGAAGAAAUUGGUGCAGCAGUUUUGUUUAUUACUCGAUUGAUACGCCUAAACGGUAGCGUAUCGAGUGAGAAGGUCAGCAAAUUUUCCGAUUCUUUGUCCGCCAUUUUGAACGAAAAAUUUAAGAAUCACUGGUAUCAAGAUCACCCAGCUAAAGGACAAGGAUACAGAUGCAUUAGAAUAAAUUCAGCAGAACCAAUAGACCCUGUUCUAGAAAGAGCAGCCAAAAACUCAGGAUUACAUUACCAUGACCUUAGACUGCCAUUCGAAUUGACUCUGUGGGUUGACCCGAAAGAUGUGUGCUGCAGAUUUGGAGAAAGUAGGGGCUCUUUUUGUACAUUGGCAACUACCAAAGAUGGCAACUUGGAAAAUAUGGCACAGUCCAUAAAUAUUGAGGAACUAUUACAACAGGAGACAGAGAGGCAUAAUCUACAGGUGAACAUUGUGACGACGCGAAGCAACAUCAAUGGGUCGCAAAUGAAGUUUUCCAAGAGUGUUCACAACUCUAACUACUAUUCCAAGUUUCAGAACAACUUCUAUAACAACCAGCAAUUCCAGAACACGCAUAACCGAUUCCGUCCCCAGAAUAAGAACAACAACAGAAGACCUUCACAGCAUGAAGAGCAGGUGAAUGGAGUGAGAAUAUCGCCUGACCAUGUGAAUGAGGUUCGCCAACAGUUCAUGGACCAGGUGAGCAGUGUUGUUAAAGAGGGAGAGAAAGUGUGUCUGCCCAAAUCUUCAGACACUACCGCCUUACCCAAAGACACAAAGUCUGAAACAUCUAGCAAGACCCCCACUGUCUCCAACACUUCAAUGUCUGCCAAUGUCUCCAAGCCCAGUAAUGACAACUCCAAGCUCAACAAGGAAGCUGCCAAGGCCAACAACAAUGGUGCUAAGUCCAGCGCCGACAGCUCCAGGUCAAGCUCCGAUAAAUCUAGCACGGACUCCACCAAAUCUAGCAAACCAUCUCAGGCCAAAGGCAAGUACCAGCCAGACCAGAAUACCUCAGUCAAACCAGGGAGUUAUAACGGUGGAAAAGGUACUCAUUGGUUAAACCGCACACACUCAAAAUUCACUUCUCAGAAGGUCUAUUAGAGGUGGUGAAUGUUUGGAUGUGAAUUGAGGAGUGGUGCAGGUGAUAAGUACAUUGUACCAGCAGAUUAAUAUGUGUCAUUUUAUCAUUGAUUUGUAAACUGGCAUAGAAAUGGGAUUUGCCAUCAUAUUUAAGCAAGAUGUAUAACUUUUAUUUUUAAUUGAACAAGAUAUGUGAUAGUAUUCUAGUCUAGCGCUUCAUUUUUAAUCAACUGCUGGUAAAACAUCUUUUGCUAAUUUUAGUGCCAGUUUUGAAUGGAUUUUUUUUCUUGCCAAAGUCCAUCAGGUCAUGUAAAUAGAAUGUGGAGAUCUCCAAAUCUGCUCACACAUUCAGUCAGCAAUCAUGGGUAUUUUUCCAAUUGAUUUGUUAAUUUUUCAGAUGUUUAUUGAUAUUUAUCAUUAACUUAAGGAGGACUUGCAUUGUAUACAGAGUUGUAUUUUUGUGUAGAGUAGAGUGACUGAUACACUGCCAAUUAACUCAGCUGUUUAAAGGGCUGCCAACAUUUUACAAUUUGUUUUUACAAAUUUAUUUUGAACAGUUGCUCUGUAUAAUAAUUUUUUACUUCAUCUGAAAUCGUUUGUCCUUCGAAUCGCGAUUCCAUUCUCAAUAGUUCAGCGUGGUAUAGUCAGUAUGCAUAGGUUGUGUAGUCAUAAUACGUGUAUACAAGAUUCAUUGAAAGAAAUGGCAGCAUAUGUUCCAUCUGACAUAUAAUCAAAGAAAUCUCAAAUCCAUGCAAUGUACAUGUAAAUAUUAUAGUACUACAGGGUAUGACUCUACAAGAUGUUGGGAAUGUGGUGUUAAUCAUUUAUUUCAAUACAUUUAUCCUCUCAUCAUUUAUGGAUUCUACAAGAAGUAUUUGUUUGUAAUUUUUUUCUUUAUCGUAUAUUUUGAUUAUAGGCAUGCUCUGUAUCAAAUGCAAAUUGACUGUAUCAAUCGAUUUUGAAUUUAUUGAGAUGUUGUUAAGAGAAGUAUAUUGUACUAAUAUGCUCAGGAUUAGGAGACGGAUGAAGUUACUUUGUAUUUAGAUAUGCAUAUCUCAUUAGUGUGGAUGAUCAGGAAGGUUAUUUAUAUUGGAAGUUGAUUAGAUUAAUUUAUUUCUUAAAGGGAAUACAUUUAACUCUGGACAUUAAGAACAGCAAUUUGAAGGGACCAUCGCUAUGCAUUUAUAUGGUACAUGUAUUUUACUUAGCGUUCUUUAUUUCCCCAUACUAUUUUAGAUAUGAAUUUCGAUGAUCCAAAACUGUCCUGAUUUUGUUUAAUAUUAUAUGUAUUGUAUGAACUUGUGUCACAAACUGAAAGGAAAUGGGUGUUCUAGGUUUAAGAGAACAUGGUUAAUUUAUCAAAUUAUAAAAUCGUAUUAGGUCAGUUUAGAAAAAAAUUCUCAUUAUGAUGGAAAAGGUGAAAUUUACAUGUACCAACAGCUUUUUUUUUUUUAAUGUUAACUAUGCAUGAAACAACAUGAUGUUGAAACUUUCAAAUUCAGCUGUUUUUGGUGAAAUUUUCAAAUUCAGCUAUUUUUCAUAUUUAUGUCCAAUGAUGUCAACCAGGAGCCCAUUUCCUUAUUUCAGUAUUUGUAUUGGAUAUAUUUGUAUAGUUGUUGAAGUGCCUUACAAGUGAUUACUCUUGAAAGCAUUACAACAGAGUUAAGGAAAUUAAUAGGUGUUAAUGUAAACAAAAAGAAUGCCAAGAGUUUUUAAGAAAUAUGCAUCAAAAUAAUGAAUUAUCAUUAAUUGGAUAGUGCAUAAUUAGAAGAAUUGUACAUUUAUUUAAGAAUCUGUGGUUUUAGAUUUUGUCUGUUGUAUUUCCUUUGGGUUUUUUAUUCUAUUUAUUUAGUAUAUUAUAUUAGCGGUAUAUUUCUUUCAAUGUGUCCCCCCCCCCCCCCCUUUAAACCCAAAUGUUAAUUGCUUUAAGGUUUUAAAUUCAUUUAUUUUCUUUUGCGUUUUAUUGAAUGUUUUCAAUUAACAUUAAAUUGAUGCCCUGAAAGAUGUUAAUGUUGAAAAAUCAUGUUUCAAUAUGCUCCAUUUAGUACUUUUUUAUGAAAUGCAUGUUUUGUAAUCGAUCUCUUGAUUUGCUAAUCAUGUGCAAUAUACAUGACUAGGUCUUCUUACAAGCUGUGACUCAUCAUAUGAUGCAGGCAAAAUAUGCAUUUCCUUGUACAAACCCCUUUUUAUUCCAUUAGAUUGAAUGUUUAUGGAGAGAAAUCCCACAACCUUUUUCAGUGGCAUUACUUAGGGACUAUGUAGAUUUAACACUGUAUUUGUCUUGUUUUUGCAGUAAAUCUGCAUAGUUCACAAACCAGUCUCUUUUUUAACCUUGCCUCAGGCAAAAAAUCAAACUCAUUUAUGCAUUCAGGAUUAUUUUAUUUCUCAUGACAUUGUUUGAUAGUCAGAUCAUGGUUUACAUUUACAGCACUUGUGUGCACAGAUGCAAACAGCAACAAAGCUUCAUGUUGGAACAUCUAAAAUGUUAUACUUUGUGCUACAAUGAUGUUACCGGUUACUUUAAAGAGAUCUGGUUUAAUAAAUUUUUAUUUAAUGUA